AAACGUCAUCUCGUGUUGCAAUGGCUGCCGGCCCUUCAUUCAUUCAAUUUCCAUAGACCAAAACUCGGUGGUUUUCCAUAGUUUUUUCUAAUCGAUUUUCAAAAUAUGUUUUUAACAAAAAAACAAUACUAAAAUAGAAUGACUACUACUAAAUAUAAUUAAUCUAUUAAAUAAAAUACCCUAGUGACUACAAAAGCCUGCAAAGUGCUAACUAAAAUGAAUCAUCAUCAUGUUAAAGAACUUUAUUUGGGAAAGAGUCUCCGUGAUUUGGAAAAACAUUACGAUCUUCCCGAUUAUAGAGGAAAAAAAUUAACAAUGCUUCUUUCAACAACUCGUAAACUUUUGGAAGACGCUGAGCGUUGCCAAUUAGAUGGCGAUGAGGAACAAAGUUAUAUUCAAUAUAUGAAGUUUUUUAAAUUUGUUGAUUGCAUUAGUAAAAUGCCCGACUAUAAACAGCAUAAAAAACUGGUUAAACAAACUCUAGGAAGCAAUGACGAAAUGACUAUAAUAAUGGACAAACUCGGAGUCAUAAGUAAAUCACUACAAAACCGAUACAAAAGUUUGUCGGAUAAGAAAAAGGCCAUUGAGAUGAGCGAGUUGUAUGAUAAGGAAAAUGAGAGUAAUAAUCGUUUGAUGCAACAGACCUAUGACCUGACCAGUGGCAAUGCAUCGAAUGGUUGCAUUGAUGUUAUGAGUUCUAAUUAUGCUUUGAUUUCUUGUGAAGAAUUGCAUCGUUUGAUAAGGAAUUCAGGAAGUUUGCUGAUUAUGGAUUGUAGAUCGAAGAUGGAUUUUUAAAAUUCUCGUUUAAAUUUUCAAUGGUGUAUGAAUGUACCAGAGGAGUAUAUUCAGACUGGAAUGUCUGCUGGGAAACUUCAAGACAAAUUGGACAACGCAUCUAAACCUCUUUGGUCUUCUCGAUCAAUAAAAGACCAAGUUGUCUUAAUGGACUGGAAUUGUAACACAGCGAAUCCUCCUGCAAAUUCACCAAUCGCAAUACUAAGGGAUAUUUUACAAAUGUGGGAUCCAGAUGUCGUUUAUAAAUCACCAAUAAAAAUUCUCGAAAAGGGUUAUGAAUAUUUUAUACUUAUGUAUCCAAGUCAAUGUACCAAUCCAUCUGUUCAGGCUCCUCGUGUUGAAGAAAAAGAAAUGUAUAUCGAAGAAAUUGAAUAUCCAAGCAUCUUAGAUAUAACAAUGAAAGAUGAUCAAAGAAGAGAUGAUAAUAUUUCGUCUACUCAAAGACCCAGUAUAGAUCGUUCGAGUAAAAAAGCUGCCCUCAAAACAUAUGGAGAUCGUCAAAUAGAUAUUUUGCGAGAUCAAGAGCUUAUCGCUGAGAAAUCAUUGCAUCAAAGCAAAUUACUUCUGCAAGCAGAAGGUGAAUUCAAAACACUGAGCAAUAAUGAAAAUGAAGAACAAAUUAAACAGGCACUUUAUUAUAAAAUGCUCCAGCUGGAAAAUGCACAAAAAGAUCUGAUUUCAGAUAACAAUCGCUUGCGACAAGAGCUUGAAGAAGUUAAACGUCGUGAAAACGAACAAUUAAAUGAAAAGAAAUCUCCGAAAGAAGUACAAACAAUUGAGGAAAAGACAAAAAAGAUUGAAAAUGUCAUUCAAGAACAACACAAACUUCAAGAACAACGCGAUCCUAGAUUUUUAGAAAAAAUAAGCAAAGAAUUUACAAUUGCAAAAGAAGAAAAGAAAAGACGAAUAACAACGCCAACACAUGAAGAUAAUGAGAUUUCUAAACCGAAAAUUCCUCAGUUUGACCGUUCAAUAAAGCCAUCUGUGAGGAGUGUUGAACGAGUUAGGGAUUUUUCACCGAUACCAGGAACUGUUGGCCGUGGUCUAACUGGUCUCAAAAAUCUCGGCAAUACAUGCUACAUGAAUAGCAUAUUGCAAUGCUUGAGCAAUACUCAACCAUUGACGGAAUAUUGCUUAACGGAUAAAUACAAAAACUACAUAAGUCGCGCAAACAAGACAAACGGACAAGUUGUCGAAGAAGUUGCUGCCCUCAUCAAAGUCCUCUGGAAUGGUAAUUAUAAAUGUGUUGCCAGCAAGGACCUAAGGUAUGUUGUAGGGCAGUAUCAACAAAUAUUUCGAGGAAUCGAACAACAGGACUCACAUGAGUUCUUAACAAUACUUAUGGAUUGGUUGCAUUCAGACUUGCAAACAUUGCAAGCGCACAAACCAGCCCGUGACAAUAUGCCGGCUUCAGAACGAGCUUGGCUCGAAUUUACUAAAGCUCGUGAAAGUUUAAUUUUGCGUUUAUUUUAUGGUCAAAUUAAAAGCACCGUUAAAUGCGUGUACUGCAAUAAGGAGAGUGCCACAUACGAGUGUUUCUCCAAUUUGAGUCUUGAACUACCAUCUAGUGCAAAUAUGUGCACAUUAAAUCAAUGCAUGGAUAUGUAUUUUAAUGGUGAACGAAUUCACGGAUGGAUUUGUCCAACGUGUAAACAACCGAGAGAUGCAAUAAAAAAGUUAGAUAUUUCCAAGCUGCCACCAAUUUUAGUAGUGCAUUUCAAAAGAUUUUUUGCCGAUCCAGACAGUAUGGGACAUUCGUACAAAAAGAAAUUAAAUUAUGUCACAUUUCCAUUAGAGAAUCUCGAUAUGACGCCGUACGUUGCCAAGUCUGAAUUACGUUCAAUGUCACCAAAGACAUAUCAAUUGUAUGGCGUAUCUAACCAUUAUGGUUCAAUGGAAAGCGGUCAUUAUACGGCUUUCUGCAAGAGUGGUGUAUUUGGAAAAUGGUUCAAAUUUGAUGACCAAGUUGUAUCCCCCAUUGACACCACAGAUGUUGUAUCCAGUGCGGGUUAUAUUCUUUUUUAUACAUGGUUGCCGCAAACUCCACCACCUGAAUUGAACUAGCAAAUUUUUACAAACUAUUAAUUUUAAAAUGUUGUUACACACUUUUUCUUCCUACAUGAAUAGUCAAAUGUCAAAGAAUUAUUUUUUGUUUAUUAUUUUUUUUUUUUUUCAUUUAAAUUAAUCAUUCUUCAUUGUUUUUGUUGUUCUCAUGAGUUGUUUAAGUGUUUAUUUUUUUUUUUUAAUAAUAUCCCUAAAAUGUGAAUAUUUAACUUUAAAUCUAAAAAAAAGUUUAAUUUUCAAUAAUAAUGAUUCUAAAAAAAAAACAAAUACAUACAUACAUACAAAAUUAAUAUAUAUAUUUAUGUUAUACAGUUUACAUAAUUUACAAAGUCUGUUAAAUGAUAUUAGAUUCGAUCUAUUUUCAUUAGCAUGUAUGACUAUCGAGUAUCUAAAUGAAGUAACAUUAAAAAAAAAUGUAUGCUCACCAAAAAUGUCGAAACACAUUUAGAUAAAUUACAUAAGGUGAAUGUAUUUAUAUUAAAAUAACUAAACUGUGCAUAUUUUAAUAAAAGAUGUUAUUUUUAUAUUGCUUAAUUAAACAGAGUUUAAAUAAGAAGGAAAA